CCCAGGAGCGCUGGAAUCCAGCGUCUGGGAGAGGCUUGGGGAGCUCUUCCUCGGCUUCCGCAGCCGCAAAGUAGGGUUGCCAGCGCCAGGAUCUGCAAACAAGCCGCCGCCACCUCCCCUGCUCCCAAAUGGCUGGGGUACGGAGGGAAAGGAGAACGCGAGGGUGUGCCACCCAACCCCGCAGAGUGAAGCCGAGGCCCCAAGGACCGUCGAGGAAAUCGCGGCUGGGCCGGCCAGAUCCGACGCACGGAAUGCGAUCUCCAGGUUCUCAUCGUGUUCCCGGCUCGGUGCUCGGCGUUCAAGGGGGUGGGGAGGGGCGAAAAGCUGCCCCUCGAGGCUGCUCCGCCGCCAGGGAAGCCCGUGGCUCAGGCUUCACGCGUCAGGCGCUCUCUCAGAGUCCAGCCGAGCCGGGCCCGGGCGCGCAGCCCGCGGCUCUCCGCUCUCAGCCGGGGACGUGGCUCUCCGUCUCCCGCCCGCGCCGGGACAGCCCCGAAGGCUACCCGCCCGAAAGUCCCGAAGAAAGUUGCGCCGCGCGCCCCAGCUCGUCCCUUGCGCGCGCCUCCACUUACCGCUCCCAGCCGAAGCUUAGUUCUCUUCGGCGUCGCCUCCGCAGCCUCCAGAGCCAGCUCCCGGUCCUCCUCACUCCAGGGCGCCCGGGCUCCCGGCCCCCUCCGAACCGAGCCCUCCGCGCCCCCGCCGCGCCAUGGGUGCUAGUGGGCGCCGCGCCGCGCCCCGGGAUGCGCUGCUGCAGCCUCGGGCGGCGCUACUGAGAGCCGGGCCGGCGCGGGCGGGUAGGUGUGGGCGAAAGGGGCGGAGGGAGGGACGCGGCGGGCGCUGAGGCUCCGCUGGAAGGGGGAGGAAACCGCAACGUCACCAGAGCCAGAGGAGACGAGGAUGAGGAGAGGGAAACGGGGACCCCCUCCCCCGGCCGAACCCCGACCGCAGGCCCGCCCCGCUUUCUCCCGCUCCUCCUCUCCCGGGACUCGCCGCUCGCAGCUGUGCUCGGCCUUCCACGCCACCCGGCCCGGACUCCACCCGCACCCCCGCCCGCCAGGCCUCUUUGGCUCUAACUUGUUCUAGUUUCUUAGGACUCAAACGCUUCGGGUUCGAGAAUCACACCCAAAGGAAAGAAAUUGCAUUUAAGAGGAACUCCUUACAAAGAGGUCAAGAGGAAGUGGUACUAUUAAAUUUUUUAAAUGUUCACUCAGGUACCUUCCUCUGCCAACUGACACUGGAUUUGAAUGCUACUGAUGAACAUUCUUAUCAGUUGAGGACCCACAUGUUACCUUGUCCUAUUUUUGUCUGUUGUCCCAGGGUAGCAGCCUGUGUACAUAGGCCAAAAUUAUUCUAUUUGUAAAACUGCCGUACCCUGCACCUAUAGAUUCUCUCAUCUUCAGAUCACAGAAGAAGUAAGAUCAUUUUGGUUUGCUCAAGCCAUACUGCCCUGUGCUUGUACUUACUGAUUCAGUGAUAAUCUCCUGAGCUUUCCCUUCCAUUUCUGAGCAUUCAGCCCCGGCCAGGCAUCCUCCAGAGGCUUCUCCAAGCUUCCUUGCUCAGGCCUCCCUCCCUGCCUUUCUCAGCGCUGACAUGAUCUUCUCCAUUACCAAGACUGCUCUGCUGCGACUGCUUCAUCUCCAGAUGACUCAAGCUUCGUGGGCUUAGUUUUCAUCUUUUAAAAAAAUGAAACAUUGACCUACAUUCUUAAUAAUAAUUGAAUUCCACCUCCACUGCAAGUCACAAUUUGAGAUUUCUGCAGGUACAUACUUCCUGGCCUCACAAUCUUCUAAUAGGUCAUGAAAUGUACCAGGCACGUCCAUACGUGUCUCCUUUUAUCCUCACAGGCACUGACUGAUGAGGAAACAGAGGCUCUGAAAGUUAAAGUGAAUUUCCCAAGCCAUAAAUGGUUCAGACCACAUACGAUUAUGUUUUCUGAUAUAAAAUCUAGGAUCCUCCCACUAAACCACUUGGCCUAGACUAACUUUUUGUGUCUAAAGCCUCAUUUACAGUUUGCGUAUCCUGGCCUCAGUUGAAAGCUAUUCUUCAUUCAUUGACAAUUGACUUUUGAAAUGGAUGAUUUUAUAUCACCUCUUAUUAUAAACUACCUAAGGUGUCCUAAACACCUUCCAAAUUAUAAUAUUGUUCUCUGAAAUUACAAAAAUUACUGAUGUUUGUUACAUGAAUGAAUGAAAUUAGAUGUUUAUUCUUUUCCUCAGACUUAAUAGAACAAAAGGAGUGUAACAUUUAGUAUUAUAAGCUCCUUCAUGGUAGAGACUCUUCUUCAUUUCUAUAGCCAUUCCUCAUAUUUCCUGGCAGAGGGCAUGUUUAUUAAAUUAGAAUUCAAUUUUCAGAUUGUGGCUGUGUCCCAGUCUAGAUACUAUGGUGGAUAAUUUAAUGUGUCCAUCAAAUAAGAGCAAGGACUUUGAAGUUGAACAAAACUAGGCUGAAAUCUAGACUCUCUGUCACUAACUGUGUGACCUUAGGCAGGCAAGUCAUUUAACAUUGUUGAGUUCCACUUUCUCAUCAGUAGGAUUUUGAUAUGCAAACUUUUCUCAUACAGUUUCUGGAAGGAGCAAACCAAACGUUGUAUAUAAAAUACCUGCCAAGGAAUGAGAACUCAAUAAAUAGGUGUUUAUUGUCAUAACUUAGAAUGGUUCUAGGGGCUGUCAAUGAGAGAUACACCCUUUGGAAUCAGUCUUGUGUGGACUGGAACAUGCCUGGGCAUUUUUCAGGCAGGAUCUGAACCAGUUAAGGUGAGUGAUACCCUACCUCUCAGAACCCUGCUAAAAGUAGUUGAGGUCAUGCCAGUUUUUGCAAUAGUUUGGAAAUCAAGCCUUCUGUGCUCUUCAGGAGGAGAUAAGGAUUGUCGUGGCAGUAUUCUAUAAUAGUAAUUCUAACCCCUGGGUGCAUAUUAGCAUCACUUGGGAGAACCCAAAACACACCAAUGCCUAGUUGUACUCUCAGAAAUUCUGAUUUAAUUCCUUCUAGGAUGAAGUCCAGAUACCCCAUAUGCUUUUAAAGGUACGAGGUAGUUCCAGUGUGCAGCCAGAGUUAGAACCAAUGCUACGUAGUGGUGCUUCCCAAACUUUGCUGCACAUUAAAACCAUUUGGAGAGCUUUAAGAACUUCCGGCCACGCGCGGUGGCUCACGGCUGUGAUCCCAGCACUUUGGGAGGCCGAGAUGGGCAGAUCACGAGGUCAGGAGAUCGAGACCAUCCUGGCUAACACGGUGAAACCCCGUCUCUACUAAAUAUACAAAAAAUUAGCCAGGCGUGGUGGUGGGUGCUUGUAGUCCCAGCUACUCGGGAGGCUGAGGCAGGAGAAUGGCGUGAACCCAGGAGGCGGAGCUUGCAGUGAGCCGAUUGCACCACUGCACUCCAGCCUGGGCGAUACAGCAAGACUCCAUCCCCCCCGAAAAAAAGAACUUCCGAUGCCCCAGUUAUAGUCUGUACCAACCAAAUUAGAAAGUUUGAGGUGUUUAAAACUCUGUGAUUCCAGUGUACCAAAAGUUUGGAACCACUGUUAUAGAGUGUUACUAAAUAGGCUGGGUGAGGUGGCUCACACCUGUAAUCCCAGCACUUUGGGAGGCCAACGCAGGCAAAUUGCUUGAGCCCAAGAGUUCGAGAUCAGCCUGGGCAACAUGGCAAAACCCCAUCUCUACUAAAAACACACACAAAAAAUUAGCCGGGCAUGGUGGCGCACACUGUAAUCCCAGUUACUCAGGAGGCUGAGGCACGAGAAUUGCUUGAACCCAAGAGGCAGAGGUUGCAGUGAGCCAAGAUCACACCACUGCACUCCAGCCUGGGCAACAAGAGUGAAACUCGGUGUCAAAAAAAAAAAAAAAAAGUUACUAAACAGGUACUUGAACCAAAUGAAGUAUUAAUUAGAGAAUAUGUUUAUUUGCCACAUUUCUUCUGGUUUAUUAAUUAUAUAAAAUAUUGUGAAGAUUAGUUUUUAUUAACUCAAGCUCACUAAUAUAUUUCUUUCUAAAUACUUUUGUUGGAUAUGCAGUUUGGGAAAAAUAAUAUUUGAUGUCAACACUGGCUGAACUAGUCAAGUUGACUUCAUAUUGCAGUUAAUGUUUCACUUCAAGUUUCUGCUGCCUGAGUAUUACACAUAGUGAAUUCCAGUAAAACAUUUAACAGCCAGGCCAUUCAGACUUCUCCUUCUGCUCAGGCCUUUUCUUCUGCUGAUGAGAUUACCUGUGUCAGGCAAAGAAAAUCUUGGCUAUUUUGCAUUUAUAGUAUCUUUUAGAUGGGAAAUAGUCGACAGUUUGCUGAUAUUAAACUUAAGUGUGUAGUCUAGUGACAUGUUUCUAUAUCCUUUCUCACCAAACUCCAAAGAAUACACACUGGUUCUUUUUCCAUGUUUUCUUUCAUUUUUGAUUUUUUAAUAGUGACAUUUUGAUUUUGCCAUUUUUACUCAUCUUGGCCAAAUGGAAACACUGCCAUUUUUAAAAAAUGUUAAAAUAACAAAAUAAAAACCCAACAACAGUUUAACAAACAAACAAACAAAAAACACAGCAUUCCUUAGAAGUAUUUGUCAUCUAAGUGAGAAAAGUAUAAGGAAACUUGGAAUAAUUAUAUUCUAACCAUUUUGUUUUACAAAGAAACCAAGGUUAACAUAGAUGGGGACUGUUACCAGUUUUUGCUGCUAAUUAGUUAGAAGUGGAAGGAAAAGUCAAGCCUCCUGAUUCCUAGCCAGAUUUUCUUUUUCUCGCUUCUCCUUGCUGAAUCAUUGGCCAAAAAUGUACAACUAACUUCUCCUUUUGGGAAGUGCAUAUUUCAUAUUAACUCUGGCAAUUUAUGAAAAAAUGUAGAUUCAUUUGCUCCAUUAACAAAAUGUCAGUGCCUAAGAAGAAAUAAGGUUUAUUUUUGAAAGAAAUCAAGUGCCUACUCAGAAUGUGCAGGGGAUGGCACCUUUCAUUUAGCAGCGUUAAGCUUAAUGUGUUGUUUUACUUAUGAUGUAAUUUCUCCCCGAUAUAUGAACAAUGUAAGUUCACAUCACUACAUAUGUAAAAUCACUAACUAAAUGCCUGUCCUUGAGGUGAAAUCUUUAAUAAACUUUCACCCAUCUUGA